AUGUUCUCAACUGAAAAAAAAAACGCCCUCCGCUUCCUUUCAAUUGCAGACAUGUCAAAUAUUUCAGCAGAAGUUUUUAGUAUAGUGUAUAGUCAUUUAAACAGUAGAGACCUUGCUCAAUGUAUUCGUGUUUCCAAGACCUGGAAAGAACUUGCACUGCCCUUUAUUUACAAGAUUCUACAUUUAGGGUAUCUUCAUGUUUCUCUUGUAAAGAUGCUAUUGAGAUUAAGUCCAGUCGAACGCGAUCCCCAGUUUUAUUAUGGCAGAUUCACAAAAAGCUUACAUGUUAGAUCCGUUUUAGACUUGGGAAGCAGUCCUGAUGCCACGGCGUAUACGCAGUUUACAUAUAUGAUAGACUCAAACAAGUCUCUCCUCAAGAUUCAAAACGUUGUACCUGGCAAGAAUGUGCGUUUUGCACUUGUCGAUAGGACUACGGAUGACUUCAACUUUGCUACCUGCUACAAGCACCGAGCCACCAUGGUUUCUCUCAAAGUGGAAUACAGAAAGAUAUCCUUUAAUAUGGGGUGUAUAAAUGGUGAUCAGCUGACUCUACUUACCCAUUUUAAUAAGUUGACACAGCUGGAUUUGCGCAACAGUUGCUCUCCUGAAUUAACAAUGUUUGAUAUUCGAGAUGCUUGUCCUCAUUUAGUUACGUUACAAUACUGGAGCAAAUUCGACAUCCCAGAUCUAACAACGAACGAGGUUCUUGAUGAGGAAAAAUAUAGAAUUGUGAAUCACGAUAUUAAAACAUUAUCGAUUGCAGCCCCCUCUAUGCCAAAGAAUUUCAUCAAUCACAUCGCAAAAUAUGUCACUUGCGACGCAAAUGCGCUGGUACUAGAUAUCUUCGGAAAUAAUUUUGUACAAUUGGAUUGA